AUGUUUCAGGAAUUUGGUAUUACGCUCGAUCCUGAAGAGGUAUUCAAACGUUUCAAGGGUGUAAAACUGUACGAAAUUAUCGAUAUUGUUUCCCUUGAACAUGGUGUUACGUUAGCGAAAACAGAAGCUGAACACGUUUACCGUGCAGAAGUCGCUCGGCUGUUCGAUUCAGAACUGGAAGCCAUCGAAGGGGCUGG